CUGUGGCCAGAACAAAACUGUAAACAAUACAAUUCUGUGUUCAGUACAACACAUUUACUCCUGUCACUGGUGGUGACCUGAAGUCACCUGAUCUCAGAGAGACGGCUGUGAUUGGUGUGUUUUGCUGUUGGCGAGCAAGCUGAAAAUUUAGAGGAAUUUUAUUGUGAAAAUGUCACGACUCCAGUGACGGUCCACGAGCCGAGGUGGGAAAAAAUGAAAAUGUGAUCAUGUUUACAGUACAGUACAGUACAGUACAGUACAGUUAGAUGGAUUAUCCGUCCAGUCCUGGUCCUGGUCCUGGUCCUGGUCCUGGUCCUGCUGCUGCAGCGCUGGUAUUUGACUGAGGUUCAAAUCCUCCUGAAUUAAGAGCUGCUGACAAUUUAUUGUCAGGCCUCAAGUGUCUUUUUAACCUCUGCAGCUUUCUGUGUGUGUGUGUGUGUGUGUGUGUGUGUGUGCUGCAGCUCUGGCCAUACCUGUCCAUCACUGAGUACUUUGCCGUACACAGGUAGCAGUACAGUCCGUCUGUAAAGACAAGGACAGAUUUGUAGAACAGACGAACCCACGGGUGAGUCCUGACCGACGGAGGAAUGACCGACCGGAUGAAGGAGCCCAUCAACACCUUUCACACUGUUUUGAACAUUGACCACUUUCUGCUGUACGGUGAGUACAGGGAGCAGCUCGGGAACUUCGCCCGGAGGGAGGCCGCCCGCCUGCUGACGGAGAGACAAUGGAGGAAACAGAGAGAGGAAAACAACGCAGCCUCGGGCCGCAGAGGCCUCGGCCGGCGCCAUCACCACCACCACCAACGGCCGAUGUCGCUGGAGUCGUUUCAGAACCUCACGUCGACUCCCCACAAGACUCGUUCUUACUCCAAAUGCAAAGAUUGUCUCACUCGGGUGAGGAGAUACAUUGUGAACAAAAUGGGGGAUGACUGGAUUUUCCUCGUCCUUCUGGGCCUGACCAUGGCUCUGGUCAGCUGGAGCAUGGACUACGCCAGUGCUAAGAGCCUCCAAGCCUAUAAGUGGAUCCACGGGGAGCUGAAGGGCAACGUGGCGCUGCAGUACCUGGCCUGGGUCACAUAUCCCAUGAUCCUCGUCAUGUUCGCCUCGCUCUUCUGUCACCUGGUUUCUCCACAGGCCAUCGGUUCUGGGAUCCCGGAGCUGAAGACCAUCCUGAGGGGCGUGGUCCUGAAGGAGUAUCUGACACUGAAGGCCUUCAUCGCAAAAGUCAUCGGCCUGACUGCGGGGCUGGGCAGCGGGAUGCCGGUGGGCAAAGAGGGUCCGUUCGUCCACAUCGCCAGUAUCUGCGCCGCGGUGCUGAGUCGCUUCAUGUCCAUCUUCUCUGGAGUCUACGAGAACCCUUACGGUUACACAGACAUACUGACUGUCGGCUGUGCCGUGGGGGUGGGAUGCUGUUUCGGCACUCCACUAGGAGGGGUGUUGUUCAGUAUUGAGGUCACGUCUACCUACUUUGCUGUGAGGAAUUACUGGCGAGGAUAUUUCGCCGCCACGUUCAGCGCCUUCAUAUUUAGAGUGCUCUCUGUUUGGAACAAGGAUAAUGUCACGAUCACAGCUCUCUUCAAGACCAACUUCAGGAUGGACUUCCCCUUCGACCUGCAGGAGCUGCCGGCCUUUGCAAUCAUAGGAAUCUCGUGUGGCUUCCUGGGAGCGUUCUUUGUCUACCUCAACAGACAGGUGGUGCUGUUCAUGAGGAGACCCACAGCUCUGACACGCUUCCUAACCAAACAUCGACCAGUCUAUCCCGGCGCGGUGACGCUGAUCAUCGCCACCUUGACGUUCCCUCCUGGAUUUGGACAGUUCAUGGCUGGAGAGCUGAUGCCUCGUGAGUGCAUCAACUCCCUCUUCGAUAAUUUCACCUGGACCAAAAUCUCAGGAGUUCCUGCUCCUGCGGGCCUGGGCCGCUCCGCUGCCUGGCUGCAUCCUCACGUCAGUGUGUUUGUCAUCCUCAUCCUCUUCUUCAUCAUGAAGUUCUGGAUGUCAGCAGUUUCCACCACCAUGCCCAUUCCCUCGGGCGCCUUUAUGCCGGUGUUCAUAUUAGGAGCUGCGUUCGGUCGCCUCGUAGGAGAGAUUAUGGCCACGCUAUUCCCAAACGGAAUCCUGUUUGAUGGGAUAGUUUAUCGCAUCCUUCCUGGAGGUUACGCCGUCAUCGGUGAGUCUCCUGUUCUGUUUGCUUGUUCUGGCACAUGCUUCGAACUGACGGGUCAACUCUCCCACAUCUUACCCAUGAUGGUGGCGGUCAUCCUGGCCAACAUGGUGGCCCAGGGUCUGCAGCCGUCCCUGUACGACUCCAUCAUUCAGGUGAAGAAGCUGCCCUACCUGCCUGAGCUGGCCCUCGGGCACAUCAGCAAGUACAACAUCUUCGUGGAAGACAUCAUGGUGCGCAAAGUCAAGUUCUUGUCUUCUCAGUCCACCUAUCGAGAGCUGAACCAUCUGCUGGAGAACACCACGCUGAAAACCAUCCCACUGGUCGACUCUAAAGAGUCCAUGAUUCUUCUGGGCUCCAUUGAAAGGACAGAACUUCAGGCUCUCUUUGACUGGUGGCUCUCACCGGAGCGGAGGGUCUUUGAAAAAGGUCAAAGUUCACCAGACGCAGGUUCUAAGAUGAUCUGGGAGUCCUUCGCCUUCGUUGACGAGGAAGUGGGAGACGAGAGCUCAGACAAGACCGUUCCGGUUCAGGAGGAGUGCAACGGGCCAAUCCCGUUCCCACAACCCCCAGAACCCUCGACCAACCACACAGACUCAGAAAAACGAAAGCUGACGUCCGUCAGGAGAACCUUCCAGAGACUCUUCUCCUCAACAUCUUCACCGAGCCAGACCGAACCUCAGGAGACAGCGCCCCCUGUACUGAUCGACACCAUGACACCAGAGGAGAUCAAAGCCUGGGACGAGGCAGAGCUGGACAAACCAAUCAAUAUGGAGCAGAUACGUGUGGACCCCUCCCCGUUCCAGCUGGUGGAACGAACAUCUCUGCACAAGACCCACACCCUCUUCUCUCUGCUGGGCCUCAGUCACGCCUACGUCACCAGCAUUGGGAAGCUGGUGGGCGUGGUGGCUCUGAAGGAGCUACAGAAGGCUAUCGAAGGCUCAACGCGUAGCGGGGUGAGGCUCCGCCCCCCUUUCGCCAGCUUUAGAGAUGCCAGCAGGAAGGCCAAGAAACAUCAGCCUCCGUCCUCGACUCCGUCCUCCCCCACUCGAGACAAAGACAUGUGGGGGGAGGGGAGUCGGCACGAGGGGGAUCCAGGGAGGAGGGAGUCCAAAGAGGAGGGAAGAGGGAAAGCGUCGUCUUCCAGAGAGGCCACAGGGGGCGAUGUUUCUCCCACCUUACCGAGCAAAGACACAAUCGAGAGUGGCAGCUGUGCGUCCACGGGGGACGUCGACGCGGCUCCUUCUCAGGACCCCGUAUCUCCUCCUGUAGCCCCCCCUACCUCCUCACCUCCGCCCUCCCCUGUGUCACACACGGGCCCUGUCUUCACGCUGUCCUCGCUGCACGGCGACGGCGAGAGUGAGGAGUCAGACGAACCAAUUUAGGGACCGGGUUUAGGAGAAAACUCUUUGCUGAUGACGCUCCUCUUAUCAGAGAGACAAGGCUGCUGUCUCGGUGGAGGAGGAGCAGCAGGAGGAGGAGGAGGAGGGCUGACCUGCGGCCUUCAGCGACUUUCAGCUCUCAGUGAGCAGGACAAGCAGGUGCACAGCGAGUUCCUGAAAACUUCUAGUCCAGGUUAUUUUUUCUAUGCUGACGACAAUCUCACUUUUUCACACUCAGGUUCCUUCCUUUGUCUUCUGAACUGCAGUGGGACGAACUGUCCUGCAGGGUUCACGUUCACUGUCAGUCCAUAUCUUAGAACAACACAGUGGUUCCAAAGUCUCUCUGCUGCCCCCCCCCCCUCGCUCCACCCUUUUGUAGUUCCUGUUGUUCCUGUGAAACUGAUUUUUUUUGAAAAUUAACAUCAAAUUAUGAAUCAGUUCAAUUUUCCCACUUUGAUGUUAAUGAAGAAAACAUUGAAAUUAAAGCGCCCUCUACGAAGGACCCGCUCCCCACUUUGGGAACCACUGAACAAAUGAAUGUAACUCUAUGACAUUGUACUGAUGUUUGAUCUUUAAUGAAACCAAUGGGAUGUAUGAUAAUAAUAAUUUAUCAUAAAAAGACGAUGAUUUGACUUCAGGAUGAUGAGAUCAUGCAUUUAAAGUUUACUGAUUAAUUAAUGACUUCUUUUAAAUGAUCACUUUUAUUUAUUCUAACUUAUUGUAAUUAAAUGUUCAUUCUGUCUGAGCUCUUAUUUAAAUUCUUCACAACAAUAAAAAAAUAAUAAUUAUACAUGUCAGCGUUUUUUAGCAGCUGAGACCGAUGGGACUAAAGGGACAGUUCCUGUUUUUUUCAAAGCCUUGUUUGUACAGUCGACUGCAGUAACUUCUCAUUUCCACCAGUUUCAUACACCAAGCGCUGACGCUCCGGGCUCUGGUUCCAGCUGGAACCACGGUGCUCUCCGAGGACCGGGCCGUGUUGGCUGGAGAUCGCAGAAACAAAGUUCUGCUCGCCAAGUCCUCGGUGUUGCCCAGAGCAUGAUAUCACGCUGCUCGUCCUCACACUGAUACGACCAGAGCUGAGUUUCCCUCCCACAGACACAAAAACACACACAUCGGACAUGACGUGAAUCUGAAACUAAAAUCUAAAAAAAACGACUUUUAUGAUGAGGGUCGAAAAUCUUUGGAUCAUUAGAAUUCUUAAAUUUUGUGUAAUAAUAGUUUUGGGGUUUUUUUUUUGCCAUCUGGGGGUGUGAACAUCUGACGAGUGGCGUUGCCUUACAGUGAGAAGGUCACCUGUUUGAUCCCAGACAGUAACUGUAUGGAGUUUGAAAACAAGUCCAUUUGAAAUAAUAAUCUUAAUCCUAGAUUUUCUAUCGUUCCGAGCCUGGUCACUGACGUUGAAAGUAGUGUUUAUUUUUUGUCGACCUAUGACCUUUCACCGACGACUAAACAGAAACUAAACUGGAGGUAAAGUUGAGUUAAUAAAGAAUAAAGAAAUGAAGACGGCGUAAAAACAAUUCUGAGCCGCUGCUGUAGAAGACCAGUGUCAAAUGUAGAAAGACUCAGUGACACCGGGAACGUUGUUUGUAGUAAUUGUUUAUUUUCUUUCUCUCUCCACUGGAGGAAAAGGAGGCGGGUAAGGAGGAGUCGGUGGCGUGGACUUUGUCCUGACGUGCAGGAGGAACAUGUGGGGGAGGAAGGAGAGACGGGAGGAAAUGAGGUGGAAGUCGGAAGUGAGGGAGGGGAAACCACACGGAGGAACCUUCCUGUGACAGCCGCCCAACACGCAUGCAUAGAUGUGAGUGUGAAGAGAUUCCACCGGGUCCACAAGCCUCACUGCCUCGCUCCAAACAAACAACUUCACACACGCUUGUCUAAUUCAUAGCAUUUUUACAGCUGCAAUUGUUUUUUUUCUCUUUGCAAGUGACUGGUUCAAAUCCCUUUUGGUUGGUGUGAAAACGUAGUCGUUAUUGUUGUAGUUUUUUUUUUUUUUUUCUCCGGCAGUGAUUCUUCCAAUAAGACAGCAGAACAUUUUACUGACAGACUGACGUGAGGACAGACACCAAUACAAAGAGAUCAAGAGCGACGAGGAGAAAAGGCGAAGGACCAGAAGCAGAGUUUGAGCAUCAUGCCUGCAGACGAGUCAGUGUAACCCUGGGACGAUGGCAGUGGAAUCAUACAAAAGGAGCAACACAACUGCAAAACCAGUUGCUUAAACAGGAUGUGAUCAGAAAACCUUAACAUCCACAGAAAUAUAUUUGGCUUCUUGUUUGUUCAUUCAUUGAAACUCUGAUAAAUCAAAGUAGAACAAA